AUGGCCUCAACGACUACUGUGUCAAGUUUAUUACUGAUUUUUCUCGCCGUUGUUACUGUACAAGUUAUGCCCGAAGUUCAAAGCAGUGAUUUUGACUACACAUCCAUUUUACAAAAUGAAGCUGAAAAGCACUCUAGUAAUGCUGGUCGUAUUGGAUUCCGACCUAGAAAACGAGACUUUAUCAACAAAAGUUUUGCACCGUUCAUGGAAAAUGCAAUGGCUCGCGAAAUUCGUUCCUUGGCUUUAGGGCGGCCGAAUUUUCGUCCUGCCAAAAGAUCGUCGUAUACUUUGAAUGAGUUCGAUAGUUGGCUUGCUGAACAGAUACCAAGCAAUGCUAAUCCAACUCCAGAAAAUAUUAAAAAAUAA